CCCAGGCUGCAGGAGGGGGUGGGCGAGGCGCGCAUGUUGGCCAUGGGUAUAUUCCAGCUGGAAGACUUUGUGGCAGGCUGGAUCGGAGGUGCAGCUAGUGUCAUCGUUGGCUACCCCCUGGACACGGUCAAGACUCGCCUGCAGGCUGGUGUCGGCUAUGGGAACACACUCAACUGCAUCCGCGUGGUGUACAAGAGGGAGAGUGUUUUCGGCUUCUUCAAGGGCAUGUCCUUCCCCCUGGCGAGCAUCGCUGUCUACAACUCGGUGGUGUUCGGGGUCUUCAGUAACACCCAACGGUUCCUUAGCCGGCACCGCUGUGGGGAGCCCGAGGAUGGCCCUGGCCGAAGUCUGUCUGACCUACUCCUGGCUAGCAUGAUGGCUGGUAUGAUCUCUGUUGGGCUGGGCGGACCCGUAGACCUCAUCAAGAUCCGACUGCAGAUGCAAACACAGCCAUUUCAGGAAGCCAGCCAUGGAUUGAAGUCCAGGGCAGUAGCCCUAGGGGAGCAGGCACCGUACCAGGGGCCAGUGCAUUGCAUUUCAACCAUUGUGCGGACUGAGGGCCUGGCAGGGCUGUACCGGGGAGCCAGCGCCAUGCUGCUGAGGGACAUCCCAGGAUAUUGCCUCUACUUUACUCCCUAUGUAUUCCUGAGUGAAUGGAUCACGCCUGAGGCCUGCACAGGGCCCAGCCCCUUUGCAGUGUGGCUGGCAGGUGGCAUUGCAGGAGCAAUUUCCUGGGCAACAGCAACUCCAAUGGAUGUCGUGAAAAGCCGGAUGCAAGCUGAUGGGGUCUAUUUAAACAAGUACAAAGGUGUCUUGGACUGCAUCACCCAGAGUUACCAGCAGGAAGGCCUUAAAGUGUUUUUCAGGGGUGUCACUGUGAAUGCUGUGCGUGGAUUCCCCAUGAGCGCAGCCAUGUUCCUCGGGUACGAGCUCUCACUGAAGGCACUCCGUGGCGACCACACUAUGACAGGCACAUAAGCAUCAGUCCCCGCCCUUUCAGGAUCUGGGUGCCAGAGGCCUUCCAGAACAGUGCUGGCCUAUGUCCUACCCUGACAUUUGUUCUUCAGACCCAGGAGCCUACGUUCUGUCUGCCCAGAGCUUCCUACCCAAAGAAAGGAGACAUUUUCUUCCUGAGCCAUAUUGUUUUGAACAUUUAGAAACAAUCCCAGACAGCCAUGCUGACUGACUGCAGCGUGUCGGUGAUCACUACUCAUCUCUGUAGCACAAAAGCCAUCUCCAUGUGCGUUGUCUGAGCCUAGAUCCUCCUGGCCACAACUCAGAAGAGGGCUCUCUACAGUCCCUCUCACCUCCCAGGCCUCAUCCCACUGCAGGCUAGCGCUGACAGAACCUGUAGAACCAGCACUGGAGAGAGAGGGACAAGCCAGCUGUCCCUGUUCUGUGCCAGGUGGGCCAUAGCCAGCAUAUUGAGCUUGGACUGACUGCCUUUGGGAUUGCAGACUGUCUCUCCCCAGUCCGGGUGCUGGAAGGAAGCGGCAGACCAUGGAUCGAUCAGGCAGCCGCCAAGCCAUCUCUUUCAGCUCUGGAUGUGAACCUGGAAGAACAGGCAAAUCAUUCCUGGCCCAUGGAUGAUGGAAAUCCAGUGUAGACUUGUACUUCAUCCCUCCCUCCCUCGCCCCCAUCCUUGAGGUGGGAAGGGAGGGCACAGUGUCUGGAAAGCAACACAUAGGAGAGAAAAAUCUAGAUUCUCUCAUAGGCCCGAACAGUGUCACAUAUUAGUGUUGUGAGUGGCAGAUGGCAAUCUGAGCUUGUAGAGGGUGGGUGUUCUCUGGUCCUGACUUUUACAUGGAAACCAUAAUAAAAUACAUGCUCUGCUUCCCAGUGUGAUUUUAUGCUUCUGUUUUUAUCUCCUUUGAGUACCACAUAGGAGACAGCGUUGCUAAUAUGUGGCACGUGUUUGUGAUGUCACUU